GCCCCACUUAACUCAACAUCUCCUCGCAACCAGAUAAAACCUAGCUCUUCAAUCCCCUCCAAAUCCUGGAACCCCACUCAACUCAACAUCUCUUUCAACCAGAUAAUCCCCUAAGCUCUUCAAUCCGCUCCUCCAGUACCCGCCCGACGCGUGUCGAACGAAUCAGCUCGCAUCAACGAGAAAGAAGAAUGGGAACUUCUUCCACGCACCUUCUCUUCACAAUCAUCUAAUCUUCCAUGCACGUUACGGCAACAGAACCCCAAUUUGUCUUUUCAACGGCAGAAGCUUCCGUUUCAGUUCAUGAUGAAGGCUGAACUGCGGGGAAACGCGACGGCGUCGAUUUAUCUGCAAAACCUCAGCCUCUUCAACACCCAGCAGAGUUCGCUCUCCGGCGCGCUCAAAGGGUGCCUCGGCAGCCUGGACGCGGCAUGCAUAGAAAAGCUUCUGCUUCACUGCGCGAGCGCCCUCGAGCGGAGCGACGUCACUUUGGCCCAACAGGUCAUGUGGGUUCUCAACAACGUGGCUUCUUCCACAGGUGACCCUAAUCAAAGACUUACUUCGUGGUUCUUGAAAGCUUUGAUAUCUAGAGCGUCUAGGUUAUGCCCGACAACCGUCAAUUUCAACGGCAACGGGAUUGUCGAGAGGAGGUUGAUGAGUGUGACCGAGCUAGCGGUGUACGUAGAUCUCAUCCCUUGGCAUAGGUUCGGGUUUUGCGCGUCCAACAGCGCGAUCUAUAGGGCCAUCCAAGGGUAUUCGAGGGUGCACAUCUUAGAUUUCAGCAUCACUCAUUGUAUGCAGUGGCCUACACUCAUAGACGCCUUGGCUAAAAGACCCGAAGGCCCUCCGUCGCUCAAGAUCACAGUGCCGUCUUGUAGGCCGCCGGUCCCUCCCCUGCUUAAUGUAACGAUCGAGGAGAUUGGGCUUCGCUUAGGUAAUUUCGCAAAGUUUAGGGACGUACCAUUCGAAUUCGCCGUGUUGGAUGACUCGACUAAUGUGUCCGAAUCGACCAACGCUUUUCAUUUCGAAUCAAUCCUGACUCAAUUGAGUUCGUUAGAUCUGAAUCUUGCUGACGAUGAGGCUUUGGUCAUCAAUUGCCAAAAUUGGGUAAGAUACUUGUGCGACGAGCCGAAUGGGGGUGAUUCCCAAGAUGUCUCUUUGAGAGAUGUCUUCUUGGACAUCAUAAAAGGGCUCGACCCGAACAUAGUGAUUGUGGCUGAUGAGGAUGUCGAUCUGAGCGAGCCGAGCCUGGCCUCAAGAAUCACAACUUGCUUCAAUUAUCUAUGGAUCCCGUUUGACGCAUUGGAGACUUUCUUGCCCAAGGAUAGUUGCCAGAGGUUGGAGUACGAAUCUGACGUCGGGCACAAGAUCGAGAACAUUGUCAGCUUCGAAGGGUUUCAAAGGAUGGAGAGGCUAGAGUCGGGCAACAAAUUGGCGCAGCGGAUGAGGAACGCCGGCUUCCUGAGCCUGCCCUUUUGCGAAGAGACCGUGACCGAGGUCAAGUCCUUGCUUGAUGAGCAUGCCAGCGGCUGGGGGAUGAAGCGAGAAGAGGACACGUUGGUGCUGACGUGGAAAGGCCACAACUCGGUCUUCGCCACGGCUUGGGUCCCCAGCAACGGGUGCGAGAAUUGAAUUGGGAGGGAGGCCAAUGCGGAGUCCUUUCUUGUACAAGACCCGCCCCGACCGGUCGGACCGGAUGCAAUUGCAAGCGCCUGAAUCAACCGGCACACAGUUCGUGGAAAAGAGACAAGAAUUCCGUUUCGUGGGAAAACCAGCCUUGUCUUAAAAUGGCCAAAUAGGUGGUUCUGUACGAGCUACCAUAUGAUGGCCGUUCUUUCCUCCGCGGUCCAUGAGGUUGCACGCAGAGACAAAAAUGGCGUUUCGUGCUUUCCAUGUUUAAUCAACCAGAAAGGCUGCACCAAAGAGCGUUCAGACAGAGAAGGAAAACGCCAACAGAGUUUUUUUAGAAUAAUAUCGUGCCGCUCUCGUUCGUUGUGUUCGAGCUCUCGUUAAAGUGUGAUUCACGUGAAAGUAAAGAGAGAUGUGUUGUUUUGUCUCUGUACAAAUGGACAAAAUCUCUUGGAACGACGCUUUAGAUUCGAAGGCUCCUGUCGCAGAAUAUUUCUAUAGAAUAUGUUUUCCUAGCUACCCAAAA